UGAGUGGGCAUGUAGGGUAGAUGGUGAAGCUGCCAACUGUCACCACAUUGUGAUGUAAGUAAAACGAAAGGUCUUUAAUUUGGCAUUCUGUAAUUUGGCACCAAUCGAAACACUUGUUUUCAGAUUUUUCAGUUGGAUUCUGGCUGUUCACAUUCACAUAUAAUGUCAAUUUGAAUUGCUGUGCUUUGGCAUUUUUUGGUGGCUCAGAGUUUAUCAUUAUAAUCUUGUUUUGUUGCAUUUUCUAUUUUGUGGUGGGUUACAUCUUCGUAAUGAUUUUUUGAAGAAGAGACAUGCAAUAUGGUAACGGAGACUUUUUUUAAACAGUAAUGCUCAUCUGUAUUUAUCUUUAGAGCAGCUUAUUACAACAUGUUGCUUGAAACUGUAUAAUAAUUGUUUGGUAUUCCCAUGAAAAAUACCUACAGUCAAACCUCUCUGAAACGACCCCUCACUGUUCCCAGGAAUAGGGUCGUAAUAGAUGUUUUCCGAAAUUCCAAACCACUACUCGCUAAGAAACCAGCCGUACAAUGGCAGGAUGCUGUCACUCACAAUGCUAUACGGCUUUGCUUUAAACCCACUUCAACCUUCAUGACAAGUCCAUCGCCCUACAGGCCACCUCUAAAGAAAAUAUGGCAAAAGACAGUUUAUUUUUACUGGUUAGUUUACAUGUACGUUUUCUGCUUGCCGUAGUUAAAUACACUAGAACUCCAAUGUCACGAACCCCGGAUUUAACGAAGCCGUGAUUUUACGAAUACAUUCUCGGGAACCGUCAAAAAAUUGGACAUUUUGACCAAAAUGUGAAAAUCAGAAAAAAAUUUUAAAAAAAUGAAAUGAAAGAUCAUUAAAAUGUAUUAAUUUUAACACACAGCGUAUUUUUGUGUCGGCUUUAAUACUUCCAAUAAUAUUCCUGUAAGCAUAACAAAAAUAUAAUGGGGCAUUUCCUUUCAAAAUAUGGCAGCGAUAGGUUCUGCAACGCGAGUGGGCGCACACUAAGCUCGCCCGGCUGGCUGGCGGCAGCGGCUUCAUGACGCAUAAGCUCACCCCUCCCUCCCCUCGGUAACAGACACACAAACCAUCUAGUGUCCUCCCUUAUAACACCCCAACUUCACUCCCCUUUAAAAAACCUUCAGUGAGAAAAUGCUCCUUUCACCCUCCCUUCUCCCGUAAAAUUUGGCUAUUAUGAAUGGGGUACUAAAGCGAUGAGAGAGGGGUAAGAUCAUUGUAAAUAUUUUCGGACCUCUCCCUCCUCACAAAAACAAGCCCAAAAAAAGUGUGUCAAAAUAUGUCACUUUUCACACCAAGUUCGAGUUCAGUCAUCUCUGGCAAGGAAUUCACAAGCUUUCAAACUUAAAUAUAAAUGUAUUUUAAUAGCAAGGGUCCUAUGAAAAGGAAUAUACCGAAUUAAAUCAAGCUGCUGACCAAACAAAGAAUAAAACGGCCCAAUGCGUAGUCGCUUCGUUAUUGCUUGCGCGAGAGGCGAGACGUGGAAUGUUAGAAGAAAGAUACAAGCUGGGGAGACAGACGGCAGCCAGUGUGUUUCCUGCGUGGGGAAUAAGUGGCGUAGCCUUUUUUUUAUGCUGGGUGAAGCGACCUUUUUCUAUCAACCCACGGGAAAAGAUAAUUGCUUGAGCUGUCAAAAUAAACAUCGCUGCGGCAGUUAAAACAAGUCGAGGCGGGCAUGCAUCCAGUCGGUCGCUGUGUAUAUCUACUCGAAGAACAUAACAUCUCAAACCUUAACAAGAUUCCUUAUAACCUACACGUAUUGCCGGAUGUUUUCAGCCUGAUCCACGCAAGGUCUUUAGCCACGUUUUGAAUGAAAACAACUGGCGGGCCAGUGUUGUGCCCUGUUUUGCGAACACAUAAAGUUUUUAUCAAUUUGCUGACAGUUUUAAUAUAUUUUUACUCUCGUUAAAAUUAAGCAGAUAACGUGAUUGUUAACAAGUACAAGCAGCAUCCGAGAUCGGCCAAAGCGCACGGUACGGGGAGAGUGAGCAAGGGCGAGCAAGCAGCCGACUACCAUGUUCACACGCUGCGGCCGGAGGGUUUUUCCUGCAAUGUAUUAAUAGUAAUUAAUAUUUAAUGGUAGGGAUGGGAAAGUCGAUCCGUCGAUUCUUCGAUACCCCGAUUUUUUGAUACAUAAUCGAUAAUCGAGGAUCGGCGAAAAUCACCGAUUAUUAAAAUUCUGCAGGAUGUAGACGUAAAGUGCUGCCUAGCAGCGGUUCAUCGCUGUCGUUGCAGUAAUUUUAGUCAGUUUUACAACUAAAUAAAUAACCAUAAACGAUAUAAUAAAUAAUAAAUGAAAUAUAACAUAGCUUACCACAGCUCAGUUGCCACAAUCCCGUAAGCGGGAACGGAGGUUGGCGAUUUCGUACUGUGCAUUUAGGGUUAUUUAUUUAUUAACGCAGUGUUAUCGUAUAAAGAAAUUGUAGCCCAACUUUUACUUGCUGAAUACACCCACAUUGGUAGCCAUGUGCACAAAAUUUCAAGAUUCUACUGAGAAGUGUGCCACGUUUUCUACGUUUCUAGUAUAUUUAUUCACUUGCGUUGUUGCAUAUUUAUUUUCGUCAAUGAUUUUUUUUGUUAACCAGCAUUUGUCUAUACAUGAACUUUCACAGGUUUGCCAACUUCCGGUACAGAUCUUAUUCUCAAUUACUUAACGAUAAAAUGCAAGAAUAAUGUGGCCAUAGCCCGUAACAUUUUACGAGUUACGUAUUUUCCGUAAUUUAUUUAAUAACAGUAAACAUUAAAUCACCAGUUAAUUACGCAACUUAAACAUAAAAUUUCAAUGGACGUUUUUGAAACACGUUUUCAUUCCAGUAAGUUACCAGUACGGCAACUGUAGAAAUUUUCUUACAUGCUUUUGUUUCCAGUGAUGCUUCUUUGUUUGAAUGUUGGGUAAUGUUAGCGCAAUACGAAUAGUAAAAUAACAUUUUUAUUUACGUGAUGUCUAGUGAAGUGUGGAAAUACUUUGUCAUCGACCGACAAAAUUCUGGCUACGCAAUAUGUCAAAUCUGUAAAUGUACAAUCUCACGUGGCGGUAAAUCUAAAACUACAACAAACAUGAAAAAACAUCUCGAAAACAAGCAUGGGAGUUACGUUCAUGAGACGAAGAAACAAAGGCUACAUUCAUCGGAAUUGAGCGAGAUUGAAGAAAAUGAAAUAGAUGAUAGUUCAGCACAAAAUUGUUCUUCAGAGACAACCUUGCCAUUGUCAUCAAAUUCAGAUGUUAGGCCUACUGCUACUGAUUCAUCGAGAGGCAGCGGUUCAGUGUCCCCGAGGCAUGCUGAGAAAGUUGGCCAAACGAAUAUUUCAUCAAGAACACCAAACCAGUAUAGGCUAACUCCUAAAAGUCAAUACCAGCCUACAUUACAAUCAUUUAUUGAUAAAACUGCACAAUUCAAGUCCACUGAUCCUCGUGCAAAAUCAAUAACUCAGCACAUAGGUAGAAUGAUGUGCUUAGACAAUCGUCCUUUUAGCAUGGUUGAAGACAGAGGAUUCACAGAAUUUGUCAAAUUCCUUGAGCCUAGGUAUGUUUUGCCCAGCAGAAAACAUUUUUCAAAUACUGUUGUACCACACAUGUACCAAGAAUGUAGGGAAAAUGUGAACAAAAAGUUGGACGAAGCUGAACAUGUGAGUCUUACAACAGAUAUGUGGACUUCAACAGCCAAUGACGAUUAUCUUGGUCUAACUGUGCAUUUUGUUGAUUCCAAUUUUGUCUUGCAACACCUCAACAUUGGGGUUAUUCCCUUUCCUGAAUUAUCUCACACAGGGAACAAUUUGUGCAAUUUUAUCACAGAAACACUUGAAGAAUGGAAGCUGCAAUCUAAAGUUGUUGCCAUUGUAAGAGACAAUGCCAGGAACAUAACUGCUGGCCUAGAAUCAUCCGAAUAUGAACAUCUGCCAUGCCUAGCACAUACCCUGCAGCUUGUUGUAAAGGAAGGGCUACUGAACAACAAGAAUGUAAAUAAUCUGAUUGCCAACGGUCGUCGCAUAGUUGGCCAUUUCAAACAUUCUUGUAAGGCGACAAAAGAGUUAAAGAAGGCUCAAGCCACGCUGAAAAUGAAAAAACAUAAACUUAUCCAGGAUGAACCAACGCGUUGGAAUUCAUCUCUCCAUAUGCUACAGCGCUUACUUGAGCAAAAACAGUCUGUUUCUUUAGCAUCAGCAACUCUGCAGUUACCUGUGACUUUUUCAUCAGCAGAAUGGAACCUGAUGACAAAUGUAGUAAACCUUUUAAGUAUUUUCAACCAUGCAACAUUGGCUGUAAGUACUCAGUGUGUGACAGCCUCAGAAGUCAUACCUAUAAUCAACAGUUCUACUGAAGAGCUAAGGAAACCAGCACCUACUGGAUCAGGUGUACAGGGCAUCAAAAAUGAUAUGCUUGCUGCCAUAACUUUGAAGUAUUCUGAUGUUGAAGAGAAUAUGUUGUACGCAGUUGCAACAUUACUGGACCCACGAUUUAAACACCAUGUUUUUGUGCAGGACGGUAAUGUCACAAAAGCGAAAGUUUUUUUGAUUGAAGAAGCAAGAAAAACUAUCUGUUUGAAACAACCUGAAACUGAGUCUGUGCCGCAAACAUCCAGCCAAGCAAUGGAAAGCCAUGGUAUGUGGACAUUUUACUCAAACAUAAUGAAGACUGCCCCAAGUGUAAGCCACAUCGCAUCAGUUGAAGAUGAGAUUAAUGUUUACUUGGAAGAACCUAUUCAAAAUUCAAGUACCAACGUUUUCCAGUAUUGGAAAGAAAAUACCAAGUACCCAUGUUUAAAAAAACUGUCAAAGAAAUUUCUUUGCAUUCCACCUUCAACUGUACAUUCCGAGCGAUUAUUCAGCACUGCAGGACUGAUUGUUGAUCAGAAACGGAACCGUUUAGAUCCUGAACGAGUCAAAAUGUUGGUUUUUUUAAAUAAGAAUUUGUGAUCUAAUAAGAAUUUAGGAUCUAAUAAGACUUUGUGAUCUAAUAAGAUGCUUUGCCAGUUUUCAUUUAUUAUUUUAAGAACUUUCAAUUUUAUUUUGUCAAAAGUGUUGUUUUUAUGAUAUUUCACUAUGUUGUCAUUUAUUUCAAAGGUAUAAAGAUUGAAUUUGGUAGUUUCUGGUUUUUUACAAUAUUUUUAAUAAUCACAACUUUUUGUGGCUAUUUAAAGUUUGAUUGAUAAAUGUUAAUGAUUGUACAUUUAGUAAUUAAUAUACUAUUUAUUAAAUUGUAUUCCAAUGAAAUUGUUAGUAUUUUGAUGACUUUACGACAAUUCACUUUUUAUUAGUACUACUGACCUAUUACUAAAUUACGUAUUCUCUUUUCAAAAUUACAUAUUCAACUGGAUUAAACAUAAUCCACAUAAAAAAUAAUGCUUGCCCUACACAUUACACAUUACAGAAUAGUAAUUUCAAUUUCUUUAUUUCAAGUAAUGUAAAGUUUUGUUUUAUGUGUUAAAUUUAAUAGUAUUUAUUUAUUAUUUUGAAAAAUGCUUUUUUAGUGUAUUCAAUAAGUAUGUUUACUGAUUCCAUUGUAACUUAUACUUCAAUCCCGAAAAUGAGAAUCUAUAACUUAACCUAAUUGAUUGGAAUCGAUAAUCGAUAAGAAUCGAUGAUCGCAACAAGACUCGAUAAUCGGUAUCGAAUCGAAAAUUUUGAAAAUUUCCCAUCCCUAUUUAAUGGUAUUUUAUUUAUUAAGUCAUAACACACAAAAUCGGAAGACAAAAAAACCUGCAUAAGUCAUCAACAAUAGUUCACAAAUUCAAGCCAGAAAAUAUACCAAAUCGGACUUCAAAAACUAAGCAAACAUUGUCAACCGAUAGUAAUCAAAAUCAAGGCAAAUCCAGCAGGUAGCUUUGCCUUAACUGCGUACCACACUAGACACUCGCAAAAAGCUAAACGUAAACACGUUGCCACAAAAACCUUUAUCUGCACCCUGCCAGCAAAGGGACGUGGAAUGGGGGUUGUUAAGCGCUGACAGCAGUCGACAGGAAGCACUCGGCAAGAGAAACGCAGUAACACGCUACUCACCACAAGAAACUUAUUUUCUGUCCGAUUUUCUUCGGAUUUUCUGCAAUUUUUUCGCGGUUCCUCGAAAUCAGGUUGUAAUAGAGGGGUGGUCGCAAUAAAUGGGGUCGCAACAAAAAGGUUUUACUGUACUCGAUCUCCUGUGGACGGCUCUAAGCUAGGGUGCGACGUGGU